AUGGCCACCGCUUCGCGUCAGGUGCAGUUCCAGGGGAUUGAUUCGGUGUUUGAGAGUCAGAAAACAGAGAGGGGAAAUCGAGAACGCAAGGCCCACCGUGAGCGGAAGAAAGCGAAGAAAAUGGCGGAAAGGGACGCGAAAGAGCAUCUUCGGUAUUUUGUUCUGUUCCUACAGACGUAUCAGAUCCAACGUCCUGGUCCACCACGUCCAACGUUGCGUGAGAUGAUUCAGUCAGUCAACGGCGCCAUGGGUAUUUUGGGACUUUUGUUUCCUGAUGCUGCCGACGACACUGCGCGCUUGGAAGCGUUCGAUAAUAUCGUUACAACCAGACAACUCCCCCUGGAGGACAAAAGUGGACUCAGAGCUCACAUUGGAGAGCUGACUGUACUUAUGCGACUUUGUCAAAAUCAGGGUAUCUACACGGACCUCGACCGUUUCUAUCAGGAACUUCGUCAUUCAGACCAGCUUGGAACUCUUGAUGAAUACUUUGCUGGUUUGGCUCCGAACAAUGAAGAGCAAUUUCGCCAAGUACUAGCGCAGCUUCGAAGACACGGUCUUGGCUUGACCCGUGCUAACGACAUGCCCGAAGUGGACAGGAAUGGACUCCGAGGUUUUAUGGAUGCUCAUGCUGCGGCAACACGAGCUGACCAGAAUGCUCUAGUCAGUUCUUCUGACGAAUCAUCCGCUGACGGCGAUGAAUUGAGACGGCUUGACUGA